AUUUGUGCAGUGAGAGAGGCGCGACGAUCUUCGAGCUUCUUCCGAUGAAGACAGUCACCGGAAGAGUUAUUAGUGCUGAACCAAUCUCCCUUUCCAAGGCGGCUACGCUUCUCUCUGGAUUCGCUUCCUCUGAUAAUGGCGCCUCUCAAGACGUUAGUGCGUACCUCCGACGAGCCUCCGCCGCCUUUACUGAAUUGAAGAGUUUCCACAGGGAGAUUAAAUCAAAGGAUGCGAAGCCAAGCUCCGUCAGGGAGGUUAUAUCAAAGGAGACGAAGCCAAGCUCCGACGCAAGGCGUGAGCGGGAUGUCACCGGCGAAUUAGACGGAGAGAAGAUUCGUUACCGGAAAAGUGGAGCUGUGAGUGAGGAAUCAGUUUAUGGUAGGGAUCAGGAUGAGAUGAAAAAGAAGAAGAGCAAGAGCAAGAAUAACAAAGACGAAGAUGUUGUUGGUGAGGAGGUGAAGGAGAAGCUGGAAGAUGAGCAAAGGAGAGAAGAGAGAAAAGAGAGAAAGAAGGAGAAGAAGAAGAACAAAGAAGAAGAUGUUGUUGAUGAGAAGGUGAAGGAGAAGUUGGAAGACAAUCAAAGGAGCGAAGAGAGAAAGGAGAGAAAGAAGGAGAAGAGCAAGAAGAACAAAGAUGAAGAUGUUGUUGAUGAGAACGUGAAGGAGAAGCUGGAAGACGAGCAAAGGAGCGCAGAGAGAAAGAAGGAGAAGAAGAGCAAGAGGAACAAAGACAAAGAGAAAGUGGUUGUUGAUGAGAAGGUGAAGGAGAAGUUGGAAGACGAGCAAAGGAGUGAAGAGAGAAAGAAGGAGAAGAAGAAGAGGAAGAGUGAUGAAGAGAUCGUUUCAGAGGAGAGGAAGAGCAAGAAAAAGAGAAAGAGUGAUGAAGAGAUAGGUUCAGAGGAGAGGAAGAGCAAGAAAAAGAGGAAAUUGAAGGAGAUUGAUGAUUGAAGUUGGUUAAUUUGGGGUUUUAGCUGAAGUUGAAGAUGUUACUUGGUGACAAUUAAGAUUAAGAAAGAUUUGAAAUUUGGAACUCUCUUGUUAUAGUUUUAUGUUACCUUCAUUGAAGUUUUUGUUGCUUUGGUAGUGUGAUGCUUCACUUUUUUAUCCUUUACUAUAGUUGGAAGAUUCUUGAAUGCAAAGUAUUGAAGAUGCUAUAUUCGCAGCAUUCACUCUAAUCGACUUACUCAAGUUGUGGAAUAAACUAGAAAAUGUUUU